AUUUGCAAUACUUAUUUCUAUAAAAAUAGUAAGUUUAUCGUAUUUUCAAUUUAAUUUUCUAUGAUUUACACUUUCAAAACAAUGCCAAGUUAUUAAUUUCCGGUGAACGCACUGAUUCCGGUAGACUGACAAAUAAGAGAGCCACAUUCCGCUGGAACUGGGACAAACGACGUAGAUAUCCGAGCGUAGCCGAGCGCUCAUUUCCGUUUUCGAAUCCGACGUCACCUACUCUCAAAGCCCGUGUGUUUUGUGUUUCUUUGGGGCCACGAUGAUUAUCGCUAAUUUAACGUUGAAAUUAUUAAAAUUGAAAUUAGAUCUGUUUGUAUCAUAAAAGCAUCUGAAAGGGAAAAGUAACAAAACACUUUUGCUUAACUGUCAAGAAAGGAAAGAAAACAAUUUUAACGUUACAUAAAAGUCAAACAAAUUUAGUCCACGAAUUUACAUUACUAAGAAAUCUUGAACAAAAUGGGCAUUCAAGAUCUGCAAGUCUUUUUGGAUGGCAAUUAUGUACCAGGAGGGUCUGUACCUGUGGAUCUGUUGAAAAUUGCACGUAACGUUAUUCAAAGACAACAUAAUCGUAUCGGUAAAACGCAACAAUUACAGUCUGCUAAACUAAGACUAGUCCUUGAUGGAGAAUGUUGUCUAGACAGAUUAUAUGGAGGAUACUUCUCAGAUUGGGCAUGCGGGGGUCAAUGGAACAGAAUGCUGCAGUUUUUAGCAGUCCUUAUACACGCAACAGAAGCAUCAAGGGUGGAAUUAGCUGUAUUCUUUAAUGGUUGUUUUGAAUCUCCUAGACGAGCAGACUGGAUUCAGAAUCAGUUACAAGUGCGAAUUAAAGUAAAUAAUGUAUUGAAACACAUUUCAACAAAAGGCACUCCACCACCAAAAAUUUGGUGGACACCACCAGUAUGCUUGAGAACCAGUUUACGUAUGGCUUUAAGACAUUUGAAUGUUACAGUUUUAUGUAGUAUGGAUGAUCAUCAUCAAGAAGUAAUUGCUUAUUGCCGAGAAAAUAAUUUCAACGGCUUAAUAGCUGAUGAUGCCGAGUACGCUGCAUUUGAUCCUCCAAGAUACUUCUCGUCUGAACAAUUAAAACUUACGUAUAAGGGUUCUCUCGAUACAAAGGAAUACAUUCUCCCUGAAGUUUUAAAAGCGUUGAACAUCCCGUCUGAUAGACUAUGUUUUCUAGCUGCGUUACUUGGAAACUACAUUUUAACUGAACAUGACUUGGCUGAUUUUUAUCAAAAAUUGAACGUCAACACCAAUGUGAAUAAAGUGAAUGUAGAACAUACAAUAAAAACGAUCGCAAAUUUCGUUAAAGACCUUCCAUCCAUUGAAUUGGACGUAGUCGCGCAAAAAGUUUUUGGAUCUGAAAAGGAUCCAAGGUGUUCGAAACUGAGGCAAUCAGUUCAGUACUAUAUAAAUGGAACUAAAGAAGGAUUCUUACAUUACAAACCAGUGAAACCAAGUAGAGUACAUAAAAUAGAUUCUAAACAAAAUGUGCAACAGCAGUCAAAUUUAUCGGAAACACCGUCAACUUCGGAAGUUGAUUCUAAUUUAGAAACAUCGAGAUUCGCUUCUGAAACGGUAGAAAGCGAACGAGAGAGUUUAAACGCGUACAAGCAAGCAACGGCAAAUGCAAAGUCCGCGCCGCAAAUUGUGAUAGAUCCACCGGGUCUUCAGGGCCAUGGAGACACCGACAAUAUUAGGACCGAAGAGGAACAAAGUAACGGUCACGCAAUUAACGGCACACACAAUCUUCUAAUUAGUUCGUCAAGUUCGAGCAGCAGUUCAUCCGCCACGUCUCCAUCUCAUGCAACAGCUGAUUCGACAAAACAGACGGAAAAGAUAACUAAUAUUCCCAGCACGGUACCAGAAGUUAUGCGUACCGCGUCUGAGCGACAUCAGAAAGGCUUGAUGUCUCCACAUAUUUAUCAAAUUCUCAUCGCUGGCGAGAUCAAAUUACCUGUCCUUUUGGAGGACGAAAAUCACCGCGAGUUCCCAUCGAUUCAUCUUAUUUAUAGACCCGUAAGACAGAUGGUAUAUGCGAUAUUAUUUAAUCUUCAUCACCGGAUGUAUUUAGCUGCUAAGAGUAAAGAAAAAGGUGAUAGCGAAAAAAUAGAAGUCCCAGAUGUUGUGAUAAAGGAGUGGGUAUGGUCCAAGUCAAAUCCUUACCAAACUCCGGAAUUAGUGAAAGCGGAACAAAUCGGUUGGGGUGUUCCUACAAUUCAGCGUCUGUGGUUUGGCACAGGUAUAGACGAUAAACGUCGUCGACUGCGAGGUUUCUUAACUUGUAUGAUGUCAGACACGCCUCUUAUGUUGAAUACCUCUUACGUACCACAACAUCUUUUAGUCAUGGCAUGCGUACUGAGAUAUAUUAUGUCGUUUUCCGAUAAAAUAAAGAUUCUACGUCGUCAGGAACUAGAUGCUUUUAUUGCACAAGCAUUUUCACCGGAGCUUAUGAACACUCAGUAUUUACAAGAUCUCCAGCUUCCUUUAGUGACAUCCCGCGGAGUACAAUUAGCUACAUUAUUUAUGACCGGCGUCGAGACCGCUCUUUUAGCUAACGAUGCGUGUGGUGCACCCAUCCCAUGGUUAAUGUGCUGUCCGUGGUUGUAUUUCGAUGGAAAAUUGUUUCACCACACGUUGGGUCGUGCUACGAUCGCGAAAAACUUACUUGAACUUUGCAACGGUCAUAUAGAUCGUGUUGUGAAAGUUGAGCGAAUGAGGAAAGCUGUACUGGAGGGUAUUAAUGUUAUUUAUGCGCGUCCACCGAUGCCCGUCGCAUCAGGUAUUCGUGUGUCGGUACCGCCGAACAUUUUAACUGCUGGCUGUGCGAUUAAUGAUGGUUUAAUGCGUGGUCGUGGCAGUGGAACAAUGCCUCAACGUGGUUUGAUGCGUCGCCCUAUACCUUCUCGUGGUGGACAGUUAGAAAUCGCCGGAGUCGUUGUAGGACAGUGGGGUCCAAACUAUGGGCAACCUGGUCGCCUACCUCAGCCUCUACAGGGUCAUCCUCGUGGGCGGCUUCCGCCACAGGUAACGUCAAUAGGCGGUCUCAAGUAUGGUCUCCCGCGUGGCUUUAACCCCAUGGGUCGACCUACAUUUCAGACGCGCGGAACUAAUCGAACACAAUUAGCAGGACGUGGAAAAAAAACGCAAAUGAAGGCAACUGCUAAAAAGAAAACUACUGUUAAAAAGAACAAAGAAAAUGAAAAGAAAGAUAGUAGGGGACGUGAUAAUAAUAUUGAUGGAAUAACCGAUUAUAACGAUACGAUUCCAAACACGAAUGCAACAAAAGAUGCACUGCCAGUACCAGGUCAAUUUGAGGACGCCGUUGAAAAUAGCAAAGGGAUAGAAAAGGGGCAGGGAGAUGCGUCGCUGGUCGUUCCAGUCGCCGCUGAAAAUUAGGUAUUUAUACGUCACUUUUUAUUGACAUUUAAACUCCCGGAUGUGACACAAGACUGCAAUCAAAAUCUUCUUAGAACGUGUAACGAGUAAUAAUGCGUCGAUGACAUUUGAAGAUUUGCACUCCUGACAAAUUCACGCAAGAAAAUUUUAAUCAUAGAUUUUUAUUUUUUAUUUUUUUCUAUAUAUGAGUAAAAGGAGGAGUUGAAAUAUCGUUAAUGAAUUGUUCCACGAUUCAGUUCUUUCUUUAAGUUCAGUUUUCGUACAGAUUUCGUACUGUCAGAAAGAAUCUUCAAAUGUUACAUGCAGAACGACUCAACAAUGUCUAAAGCUCUGAUGGGGCCAAAACUAAUUAAACUAAUAUAGGAGACAAAGCAUCGUUAACACGAUGUCAAGAUAUGUAACGCAAGGAUAGACCCAUUUCCGACGUACACAAUACGAUGUCCUCACUGCCAAACGUACCAUUCAGUGUGUAAGAUAAGAGCGAAAAUGAAAACGAAAAAAAAAAAACAAAAAAAAAAAAAGAACA